AUGCUCUCGACUAUCGUCUUCUCAGUGGUAGCCGUCUAUUUCACUCUUUUUUGGCUCUUGCUGCCAAUUUUUAGAUAUUUUCAUGAUACCAAGGGUCUUCGAAAGUAUCCAAAUCAUUCUUUUUUAUCAGGAAUCACAGAUAUUCCGUACUGUUACCUCAGUGCUUGCGGCUUUCGUUCGCGAGAUCUCACAAAACUACACGACAAGUCGCCUAUCUUGCGAAUUGGUCCAAACAAUCUGUCUUUCAGUGGCAUCGAUGCCAUCAGGGACAUUUAUGGCCAUUCCACAUCCUGCGUGAAAGAUCUCAAGUACGCAAUCACGGCGGGCACCCAUCCCAAUCUUUUCGAUGUUGUCGAUAAGCCAAAUCAUGCUGCGAAAAGAAAGAGACUUUCUGCUGCAUUUGCCAUCAAGAACCUUGAAGCCUGGGAGUUCAAAGUUGCACGUACCACCGAACGUCUCCUGGAGGCUUUCGACAAGCUAUGCACUAAGCCGCUGCCAAGUGACUCUGUGCCAGAGCCAGCAGACUUGACUGUCAACUUCAAUCAAUGGGUCAACCUCUUCACUAUUGAAGCCAUCAACAGUAUUGCUCUCUCGUCCGACUUGGGCCUUUUGGAAAAAGGAGACGAUCUUGUCACGGCACAGAGAAUGGAUGGCACCACCUACCAAGCUAGAUAUCGCAAAUCCCAGAACCAAGGUGCCUAUGCGACCUCGCACUUUGUUUGGGAUUACAACAACUUUAAGCUUUUCGUGCGUUUAUCUAAACUUUUCUCCCAUUGGCGAAAGGUUUGGAGUGACGCUGAGCCAUUCAAGGAUAUCAUCCAGCACCAAGCUGUUACUCGACUUGACCGAUACAAUAAAGGAGAGCAGCUUGAUGACUUCUUCUCCGCACUCAUGGAUGAUAAAACUGGCAAGCCUUACAAUUCUGAGUGGGGCGAGAUUGUUGGAGAGAUUGCAGCAAUCAUCGACGCGGGCGCAGACACCACCGCCAUAGCCCUGACCCAAAUACUGGAGCUCCUCAUCCACCACCCUCAGCAUCUCGCAAUGCUACGAGAAGAAGUGGAUAGUGUCCUGUCUCCAGAUGAUAUCGUCGCACCCUACGGCAAGGUCAAACAUCUGCCAUUCCUACGUGCGUGCAUCGAUGAAGCGCUACGCAUUAUCCCACCUACAUCUGCCGGUUUACCUCGUAGGACACCUCCAGAGGGAGCAAGAAUCUUGGGAGAGUGGAUACCUGGGGAUACAAGCGUCUCCAUGACUAUCUAUAGCGCACACCACGAUCCAACAAUCUUCCCGAAUCCCGAUCAGUACCAGCCUCAUCGGUGGAUGGACCUUGAGCAAAGAAAGAGGAUGGAGCCGUAUUUCAUUCCUUUCUCCACUGGGGCUAGAGGAUGUAUUGGACGGAAUAUCUCUUAUCUGGAACAGACUGUUGUGCUUGCCUCGCUGGUACAUCGCUAUGAGUUUGCACUGCCGAGUGCCGAGUGGAAGUUACAGAGGUUCGAGGCUUUCAACCUUUUGAUGGGUGAUAUGCCAAUCAAGCUAUGGAGGAGGGAGAUUCCAGUUCAGGUGGAAUAA